CAACCCGCCAUCUUGUCUAAUUGUCUUGAAGAAGUCAGUCAAAAAAUAACGAAAACGCUGGAAACUGGCAAAUUAUGACAGAAAAUGUCUGACAGAAGUGUUUUUGAGACUUAAUAAGUCUUUUUAAUACUGUUUUACAAAAUUUAUUACAAUUUUUUGUUAAAUCCAGUCAAAUCUCAAGUCUAAAGUAUAAAGAGCUUCAUUCCUUUCAAUCCUAGCUCCUAGGAAAAGUUUAUUAUUGUGGCAUAUUUACUGUAUGACUGUAUCCCUCCACUUUACAGGCUCAGGCUUCAUGAUUAAGUACACAAUAAUUGAGAACGCGCUGAUCAAUCUUUUCAAUGAGUGUGCUAGUUAUUAUUGAAUGAUAUUUCAUUUACAAUUAUGGAACAACAGAAUAGAAGAGCUAUUUUUUAUACUACUGACAAAUUGACAUGCCUCGAGUUCUACAAAAAAAUAGAUAGCGGUCAUAAAGAAAAUAUUUUGUCUGUAAGAGAAGCAUUCAAUUCGAAAAAAGAAAAAGACUUUAUUAUAGUGGGUAAAGUGGUAAUGCUGCCACCAAAAAUUGGUAAUGAAAAACGUGAAGAUAUUAUAAAAAAAGUUGUUCCGGGCACAUUCUUAGUAAUUAGAGAAGUCGUAGUUGCGUCGGAUGGAACUUCAAACUAUGGCUAUUUGUACAAAGUAAAAUUUCUUGGUUCGAUUGCUGAACAAAUUCUGGAAUCUGAUGUAGUAGUUGGAGAUCGAAUUGCCUUGAAAAAUAUAACUGGUAUUGAAAAAAACACAGAAUACUGCCAAGAUGCAAGACUAAGUCCCCUUACUCCAUUUGCUUUGGAUAUUUCUAAAACAACUGUUAUCAUUGGAAAGAAGGUUGCCGUUGAGCAGAGAUGUGAUACUCCAGACCGUCAAGAUGAAAACUUGUUACAAGAUGAUGCUAGAGCCGAAGUCGAAGAGCAUGAUUCUCCAACACCCCAACCUUCCGGCUUGUCUUCAAACAAGAAGAGAACAUUUAUCGAUUCUCCUCCUUCCUCUCCUGCAUCACCCGUCCAUUCCACCAAGACACCUCAGAAAACCAAGAAAUUGAAAACAAAAUCUCCUACAAAACCUCUUCUACAUCUUGCUUUGGAAGAAGAUGAAAAUUCUCCAACUGAUGCCACUUCGAAUCCAGCAAAAGUUUAUCAAAAAAACAAGUUUAUUAAUCUUAAAGACAUUAAUGAAACUAUGAUCAAUAAGAAAGUUAAUAUUUUUGGAAUAAUCAUUGAUGUUCUGCAAACACAGGAGAAUGGAAACAAGAAGAAGUGGAUGCGAUUGAAGAUCAUUGAUCAAAGUAUACCUCUACAUAAAGCUUUCGAAAUAUUUGUGUUCUAUGACGAUGAGAAGCCAAAAAUAUGCAAACGUUGGAUUGCCCGUUUGAAGAAUGUAAAGAUCGAAUCAUUCAAAGGAGAGACGAAUGGAAGGAUAUUUUCGCCUAGCUGUCUCAUCUGUUUUCCGAUUGAAAAAGGAAUGCCCAAAUUUAUCACUACUCGAAAAAAACAAUAUGAUAUUCCUGAUGAAGAUCGACAAGCUGUUAAGAGUCUGAAGUCAUUUUUGGCUAACCAUAAAAGUUGGAAUAUCCUGACUCUUCCAAACUCUUACUAUGCAAAUAAACCAAAUGCAUCAUAUUCGCCGCACUUGAAACUGGAAGAUAUAACAGAAAAUAUUUCGUUUUUCUCAUUAAAGUGCAAGGUUGUGAGUUUCAGGAUUUUUCUUGAAGUGGAAAUGGCAUUCUUGACAGUUGAGGAUAGUACAGUGUGCCAUCCUCGCACAUAUAAAUUUCCAAGAAAUGCAACAUCAUGGCCUGCCGUUAUUCAAAAUGAUGAAGUGUAUUGCCCAGAAUCUUCAACAAUUGACAUUUUGUUGACUCAUUCCUGUGAUUCCAAUGUUGUGAAUUUAUUGAUGCAGGCAGGUGUCCACGUUGACAUUAUUGAAAUAGAAACUAGGAAAAUGAUUUCAGAGAAUAAGCAUGGACUAAUGUUCAUAGCUAAUAUGCAAAAAUCCAACAUAUCCCAGAUCGCACAAGUGGACCCAACUCCACUUUCAGAAAGCCAAGAUGAAGUUGAAGAAGAUGACGGAGAAGAAGACGAAGAAGAAGAAACGCAGACCUGCAGUGAUGCUGUCGGACUAUCGGAAUACAAUGGAUUAAUGGCAGAGUGCAGGGUCGAGCCCGUGACGCCGACGACAGACAAACUACUUGCGCCUGUUUCCCAAAAGAAGAAGAAGAAAAGACGAAAACUAGUCCCAAUAAGCGGGAGCGCCAAAAUAUCUCAAAAAGAUAUCCCAACAGAAAAUGCCAAUGUUCUUGAAAAUGAUGGAAAUUCGCCAGUGCAGGAUGUUGCUGGUCAUGAACUUGUCAAAACUAGUAAUCAAAACUCAGACAUGAGAGAAACAGAAAAUUCGAAAUCAAGAUAUGUAAGCAGACCGAAAUCUACACCGCAAAAGGUGAGCUUCAAUGAAUCUUCAUCAUCCAAAAAGACUAAAAUCAAACCAUUGGGGUCAAAGAAACUGCCUGUCUUACUAAUUCAUAAGUUAACUGAUGAUGAAAUCAUUGAACUAUCUCCCAAAGCAUAUCGUCCUAAAACUAACGAAAUGGUGAGCUCUGAUGAAUCGUCAUCAUCCAAAAAGUCAAUGAAACUGCCUGUCCUACUUGUUCAUAAGUUAACGGAUGAUGAACUCAUUCAACUUUCUCCCAAAGCAUGCACUCCUAAAACUAACAAAAUGGACGGUCAUCAACCUCAGGAUCACGAACGAAUUUCAACCCUAAUUGCAAUCAAGAAAACUAUUGAUGCGGUAUCAAUACCUGUUGAAAGAAGUGGCCGAACUUCUAAACCUGGUGCUUCCUCUAGUGUUGUGUCAAAAACAGGAAGCGUGGAUCUGUUUGAUGAUGCUUCUGCAAGCACAAGCAAACCUAAAGAAACACGCCAAUCUGAAAAAGAAGAUUUGCCAUCAAGUAAAGACAUUAAUACUGGCAAACCGUUAUCGCCUUGCAUCGCUAAAGCCACCAGUAUCGAUGAAAUGAACCACACAGUUCAUGAAAUUAUGUCAGUAGAAGAGUGUUCGUUAAUUGAGAAUAACGAAUCAUCAGAAAAUGUUCUUAACACGGAAAAAAGCGUGUCUCCAAAGAAAAACAAGAAAAUAUUAAGUGAUAGAGAUACAGUUGCUAAUUGUGUCAAACCAAUAACUCGUAGUGCUGCAAGAAAUAUGUUUCACGCAGAAUCCCCCAGAACUAGGUCAUCUAUGAAAAAUUAUACUAAUAGAAAUGGAAUUUUGAACAAGUAUGCAAAUCAACCUUCCCCAUCAUCUAGCUCCUCUUCUCCUAAAAAAAAGAAGUUACCUGAUAGAACUCAACAAAAUAGUAACACGAAUAAGACAAGUGAAUGUGAUAAAGCACCAACAUCUUCAUCUUCAUAUGAAAAUCUUUCAGAUCAAAAUCAUUAUUCUGCGAAUGUAGAGUUAGAUACGGAUAGAACACUCCUAGAAAAUGAUGAAAAGGACCAAAAUACUCUUCAUCCUGAGAAGUCGCCUGGUUGUGUAAAAAAUGUGUGCCGUGAACGCAGUGAAAACUCGCCAGACUCAACAACAAGGCAACGAACUGACAAUGAGGUGGAUGUCAAAAGCAGGGGCUCGUCAUCGCUGACUCAGUUCUCUCCUACCGAGCAAUGGUUACGAGAAAGGAAUUCGGAAAUAAUUUUAGAACCUGAAGAAGCGGUUGCUGACCCUCUGGAUGGAAGUCAGAAUCCACUAAACUUAAAACAAACACAGAACUCUGGAGAAUACAUGAACACGGGACUUGAUGUCGAUGCUUUACAUCAAGGAGUUGAUGUUAUAUCGGACAACGCCGUAAUCAUCAACUCGGAACCAUCCAUUUUUGGUAAACCAUUGGAUAUUAUUAGUGGUUUAUGUGAGAAGCGUUGUGAUACAUUCUAUAGAUACUCUGUAGUGAGUUUCAACUCCAAUUCCAAACCAAUUUGUCCAAAGUGCUACAAUCAAGGUAAAAUUGUUGAAUUGGACUUACGAUUCUUAUUCAAGCUGAAUUUGAUCCUGCAUAGGAAUCCAAAUAUUUGUUAUGCGGCCGUGGUUCAUUUCAAUCAAGCAACCAGAUUCUUAGGAUGUAGUGUAGAAGAGUACAUGAAUGAUGAAGGUGUGCGCUCUCGAGUGGUGCAUAAGCUGUCAUCACACUUCCUGUUGAAAGAGAAGCCGGAUUGUGGCCUCUUCUGUAGCCCAUCAUUACCUGUUACCCUGAGGAUUAGUAAGCAUAGUGAGAAGGCAUUGGUGAUCUUGGUUGAUACAAUCCUUCCUGAGCCAGUCGCAGUCACCUUCACUCAACCAUUCUCACCUAAUAAUAGUAGUCUAUGAUAUUAUCCUCUCUAUUAAUUGUAUUGUCGUCUGUUACCAUGCAUUAAUACUCAAAUGCCUCGAAAACGACAUAGUAAUUCAAACAGAUAAUUUUUUCACAGAUCAACCCAAGCUUUUUUUUUACUUCCGCAAACAUUGAUAUUAACUAAUUUGUCAUACAUGAGACAAUGGGAAAUGAGAAACUUGUUUUAUUUAUUCAUUCAUUCAUUCAUAUUUUUCAUAGUUCAUAAACAUUCUAUCAAAUUUGGGAUUUUUAAUUUUCAUUUUCAGUUUGUACUUGAAUUUAUUUAGUUCUGAUCAGUGUACAAUAGCUUCAUAAUAUUGUUACUUAGACCUUACCAAACCUGCUCCAAACUUGUAAAUAUUUGAACAUUGUAAAUUUUUAUACAAAUUAUUUUUGUAAAUAAAAGUAUCAUCAUGUUUGACUCGAAGGAUCCUUUUGUUUAUUCAAAUCCUCUUAUUCUCAUAAUUGAAUGAGUGAUUUUGAAUCUAAACAAAAAUAAUGUUCUGACCGAGUUUAUUUUUAAGUGGAUAGAUAUGACUCGAUUUCAGAUGGAAUAGUACAGCGGAACGUCUAACAUUAUAAUAAGGUGGUUAGGGAUGUGGGAUUCAGAGAAUCCUAUUGGUGAGUGAGUUUUAUAUUAUUGGAAAGAACAUACUGCAACUUCCUUUGCCAACUUAGGCCAUAUGCAAUAUCUCGGUUUAAACAGAGGUAGAUUAACUGUUGGUUUGAAACCGUAAUAAAACACAUAUAGCCGUUUGGACAGUGCCUGUUUAAACUAAAUUUAAUUUUACACUAGUAAAUCAAUAUCAAGUCUCAUUCGUUAUAAUGUAGUUCAUUUUGUGUAAGCCACUGGCUGAUUGAAUUAGUUUUAGCUAUGACUGUUCAAACGGCCAUUAGUGGAAUAAUUUUUCAAUUAAUUUAGUAAUAAAACU